AUGUCGAAAUCGAACCAUCUCUUCCUGCUCGCUGACCAUAUCAAACUGCUAUUGCUGGAACGGCAACGUUCGCAGAGUCUCGACCUUGACAGUGAUACUCAAGAAGAACAGCUGUCACGAUCUUUGGAGCAGUUUCGUACUGGGCUCGCUACCCUGCGACAGGAGGAGGUGCGCAUGACGCAGGCUGACGAUGCCAACGCAGUCAUCGGCGUUACGGAUGCACUGCCAAUGCUCCAGAAGCAAUUAGAUGACCUGACAGCACAGUUUCAUGGCUUCUCUACACCUUCAUCAGAAGCAACCAUCCACCAGGCCAAUUCCGAGGAGCUAGCCGAUGACUUUGCUCAUGCGACUUCAACUACCACCAAUAGGAAACCCAAAGCAGUUCGCUUCAGUGAUCAACCACCUUCGCCAAAUGCAGAGUUGUUUGGCUCCUACCGUGACUUCCCGGCCGACACAGAUUCUGCUGGUUACCGCCAGGGAACUGAAGCCAUCACCAACCAGCAGCUUCAUGAUUACCAUUCAUACAUCUUGGAUCGGCAAGACGAGCAGCUUGAUCAGCUGGGAGAGUCCAUCGGACGCCAACGAGAGCUGAGCAUGCAGAUCGGCAAUGAACUCGACAACCAUGUCGCAAUGCUAGAUGACGUCGAUACCGCCACUGACCGCCACCAGAAUCGCCUUGACCGUGCCCGGGGGACGUUGGGCAAAGUGGCUAGAGGCGCUGGCGAGCACAAGCAAAUGACGGUUAUUGUUGUCCUCAUCAUAAUUCUUCUGCUGUUAAUUGCUAUUCUGAAAUGA